AUGGGGCUUCCGGCGCUGCAGCGGAUCAUCUCCAUGCAGCGGGAGCGGCGCCGCCGGCAAACGCGAGCCCAUGGAAAUGAGCUAGCCUGCCUUCUAGCCAAUUCUUUUGCUUUGCAGCAGUUGGGACUCAGCCAUUGCAGCAAGAUAAUUAGACUGAAGAUACCUUCCCUGCUGCAGCGGCUCAUCACCCUUGAAGUGUCUGCAUGUAAGAGGCUGCAGACAAUAGAGAUUGAAGCUCAAUGUUUAUCCAAAUUUUGGUUUACUGGUGAGUGGCUAGUACAACUCUCGUUUGGAGAAGCAUUGCAAUUGAAGACCCUAGACAUGCACUGUCAUGGUGCUGUCUGUGAGGCUCGUGCCAAUCUUCCGUCCACCUUUCCAAAUCUUGAAACACUUUCUGUAUUUUCAUAUUUUGAGAUGGUCAAUACACCGAUGGUCGGUAGCAAAUUUCCAUUCCUCAAGCACUUGACUGUUAAACUUGCUGCAGCCCCAGCCUAUGAUUAUUGUUCUCUUAUAUCGUUUUUUGAUGCUUCUCCUUCCUUGGAGACGUUCUUCUUGAAUGGGUUCCAGGCAAGCAUGCAACAUCCAUCCAUUUUGGCAGAUCCUUCAGGUCGGAGGCGGAUGCCGAAGCAGUGCCAUGACAAGCUCAGGAAUGUGACUAUUGCUGGUUUCUCCUCUGCAAAGAGCUUGGUUGAGCUAACAUGUCAUAUUCUUGAGAGUUCAGAGUCACUUGAGUGUCUUACAUUGGACGCCACAGAAGGAUAUGAUUACCUUAGGUGUUCUGUCAAUAGAUCUGGCAAAUGCUUCUGCAUGCGCAGGGAUGCCAUCUUGGAGGCUCGUCGUGGGCUCUUGGCUAUCAAGACAUACAUCGAGGGAAUUGUUCCACCGAAAGUGAAGUUCACUGUUGUGGAGCCUUGCAGCCAGUGCCAUGUUGUUGAGCUUUAGAUGACAGGUUAUCCGACAAUAUACUCAUACAGUGUCCUAGUAUAUGUUAAUUUCUAUGUUAAACGCUUUAGGUGAAGGUGAAACCGAUAGACUCCCA